AUGACGGACGACCGCGAUGGAAUAUUUUCGGGGGAUUGUCCGGUUGGGAUUGUGCGUCGUUGGCUUGCGGAAGCAGUAGAAACGGAGCCCGAGGAAGCUAAUGCGAUAGCUCUAGCUACGGUCGACAGUACAGGCCUACCGAACGUGCGCAUGGUCCUGCUCAAAGAGAUAGAGGACAAUGCCUUUAUUUUUUACACCAACUACACCAGUAAGAAGGCCCAAGAAAUAGAUGAACCCUCAAGUGGAGACAGAGGCAUAUCACUAACCAUUGGUGAUAGUGUUAUUCCUAACAGUAGUUCAAGUGCGUGUAAAGCCGCCUUUGUGAUGCAUUGGAAAUCCUUGCAUCGUCAAGUUCGAGUGCGUGGCUUAGUGAGUAAAGUGGAGAGCGAGAAAUCUGAAGCAUAUUUUGCGUCACGGGCACGGGAUAGUCGCGUGGGUGCUUGGGCAUCAUACCAGUCACAGCCCUUAAGGUGCAGAGACGACAUAGAAGCUCGCAUUAAAGAAAUAUCGGAUACACACAAGGAGAUCAACCGACCAAACUUCUGGGGUGGGUAUAGGAUCAAGCCUUUGGAGAUCGAGUUGUGGGCGAAUGGGCCGAAUCGGGUACACGACCGCUUUCAAUGGCGGCGAGAUGACAUUGUGGAUCGACACUGGCGGGUGCAACGCCUGAAUCCUUGAAAAGAGGUGCCGGUUUAGAACAUUGACAAUACGAUGUAUCAUGCGUUAAUGUGGAGACAUAGCGCCGAGCUUGCAUAGACAAGUAUAGAGGGAAUCUAAUGCAGUGUAUUUACUCUAAACUGUAGAACAUCAGUCAUGAAUUGGAAAGUGCAAGAAGUACAACAAACUCAACGCUCCAAUCCUCAGGCGACGUGGGAUUCCGAGGGAUUCAAUUUGCAUUAACAGCUUGAGGUUUUUCGCAGCUCGAUUUCUAAGGAUUUUAAAAGAGACAAAUUCGAUGCAGAAAUGCAGUCCGAUAGUGGUGUAGACUAUAAGAUCAAUCUGGUGUUUACACGGCUAAGCCUGCCUUAUAUCCACUCCAACGUGGGGCGCAUAACGCAGAAUGGUAAUUGAGCAAAGUGCUGGAUUGGUCAAUGCAGCGUUAAGACGAAAGUUUUUGUGGAAAUACUCGAUGGCAGCUGAUACUAAAAGCAACAAGUCCUUGUAGAAGAUUGGGUGGUCAUUUGAAUACAAUGAAGGACAACAUAUGUGUCUCGUUGC